AUGAGUGAUAUUCCGCAUCCACGUCAUCCCGGCUACGAGACGGGCAUCUCGGACGAGGCGGCCAUUGAGGAGCGUGACCUCAUUGCGCAGGCCGAGGAUGAGGAGCGAAGGCUGCACCCUGAUAAAUCCACUGGCAGCCAGCCAGCAAACACGGGCUCCGAACACAAGGAGCCAACCCACGUUGAGUCGUCCAAGGAGAAGAAGCACGAGAGUCCUCUGGACAAGGUCAAGCAUGUGCUGCACUUGGACAAGUAA